GAGCAGCCUGCUGCCUGCUGCUUCAUCUCCGUGCAGCUCCGGCCCUCCUAGCGAUGAUGUAAUGUCAUGAAUAUUGAAACAGGUUGCUUGGUGGUCGGGAGGCGCUCGACUCAGCAUCCCUUCUGCCUCCCCAUCACCACUACCCUUCAGCAUCCGGCAAGGAAAAAAAAACACACACACAUCCAGAAAAGCCGCAGGGUUACUGGUGACGAGGAUGGAUGUUGUUGUUGAGGAUGAGCUGAGCCUCUGACACCAUGAUGAACCCAUCCUCUGCCGACUCACCGCGGCAGCCAGACAAUAGCAGCCGGAAGCAGCAGCAGCGGUCGUCGUCUCCGGCCGGGCUCAAAGACAGUGGAUCUAAAGCUACACAGAAAGGCAGCAACUCGUCAAAGCCUAUCACGUCAAAGCAAGGAGCAGGAGGAGGAGGAGGAGGAGGAGGAGGGAGAAGCAGCCGAGGUCAUUCACCCGUUUCGACAGGCAGGGAGCGGCAGGCCGGAGGCGCUCCUGCCAGCAGAGGCGCGGCUGCUGUCCAGGCUGCUGGUGCUGAAAGCCCGACGCUGAACAGGCCCGCGGCGGCGGCGGCAGAAAGAGGCGGCAUCCAGACGCCCGAGGACUCUCCCCGACUCGCCGCUGAUGCUUCCAGAGCAGAUUCGAACCGAGUCGUCUCCGACCAGCCCUGCGCAUCGAAAUCCCCCAAACUGAGGAGCAAAAAUCCGAGAGGAUUGGAGGCCGCCGCCGCGACAAGUGGCAGCAAGAAGAGCUCCAAAGGCACAGUGGGCUGCGGACCCGGUUUCUGGAAGGAGGGAUGCUUACAGUCCGAGCUAAUACAGUUUCACUUGAAUAAGAGCUUGGGGAAGAAAGGGACAAAGAUGCAGUCGAAAUCAGCGUCACCUCCGAUCUCAGAGCCGGAGCUGUCCCCCGAACCCGAUAGUCCCCAGCCGGCUCCACCGCCAAACCAGAGACUGCAAGAAGAGAUAGAGAGGCUGGAGGAUGAAAACGAGGAUCUUAAGACUGAAAUAGAGGAGAUGCGUGCAGAGAUGGAUGAGAUGCGGGACACUUUCUAUGAGGAAGACGCCUGCCAGUUGCAGGACAUGCGCAGAGAGCUGGAGAGAGCAAACAAGAACUGCAGGAUCCUUCAGUACCGCCUGAAGAAGGCCGAGAGGAAGAGGCUCCGGUUCACAGAGACUGGCCAGGUGGAUGGAGAGCUGCUCAGAAGUUUGGAGCAAGACCUCAAGGUGGCUAAGGAUGUGUCUGUGCGCUUGCACCAUGAGCUGGAGAAUGUGGAGGAGAAGAGGAUGAAGACAGAGGAGGAGAAUGAGAAGCUGAGGCAACAGCUGAUAGAGGUGGAGGUCACUAAGCAGGCCCUGCAGAAUGAACUGGACAAAGCCAAAGAGCUCUCACUGAAAAGAAAAGGAAGCAAGGAUGGGCAGAAAGCUGAGAGGAAGGCUCCACAGACUCCGAUUGAGGAAGAAAAUGAUGAUUUGAAAUGCCAGCUGGCCUUCAUCAAGGAGGAAGCCAUUCUGAUGAGGAAAAAAAUGGCAAAGAUUGACAAAGAGAAGGACCGACUGGAGCAGGAGCUGCAAAAGUACCGCUCCUUCUACGGGGACGUGGACAGCCCACUGCCUAAAGGCGAGGCUGGAGGGCCUCCCACCACCCGUGAAUCGGAGCUGAAACUCCGCUUACGCCUAGUGGAGGAGGAGGCGAACAUCUUGGGGAGGAAAAUUGUGGAGCUGGAGGUGGAGAACAGGGGUCUUAAGGCUGAGCUGGAUGACAUGAGGGAGGACAGUCUGGUGGCUGCAGGAGUGGACGGCUCUGGUACUGGAGGUCAACAGUGCAGAGAGCAGGGAGAGGCCCUGUCAGAGCUCAGGCAGCAGCUUCAGCUGGUGGAAGAUGAGGCGGAACUUCUCCGCAGGAAUUUAGCAGAUGUGGAAGAGGAAAACAAAAAGGUGACAGGUGAACUCAAUAAGCUGAAAUACAAGGCUGGAUCCCAUGAAGCUGGAUCGAGACAUGGAGGAGGAGGAGCUGACCCUGCUAAAGUGGAGGCCCUUCAGGAGGAGCUGAAAGCAGCACGUCUACAGAUCAAUGAACUGAGUGGCAAAGUUAUGCAGCUCCAGUACGAGAACCGUGUGCUGCUCUCCAACAUGCAACGCUACGACUUGGCAUCCCACCUCGGCAUCCGCGGAAGUCCACGGGACAGUGAUGCAGAGAGCGAUGGAGGGCGGGACGAUGACACUCCUUCAGCCUCAGCUUCCUCCCCUCGCCUCCUCCCGCCUCACCGCAAGCGUGAGGGCCCUAUUGGAGGGGAGAGCGACUCAGAUGAGGUGAGGAACAUCCGCUGCCUCACCCCAACACGGUCCCUUUACUCACCUGUAGACAGUCGUUUUUUAUCCAGAAGCCUGAAGGACCGGCAGCAGAUGAUAGACAUCCGCAUUGAGGCGGAGAGGCUGGGUCGGACCAUCGAUAGGCUCAUUGCUGACACCAGCACUAUCAUCGCUGAGGCCCGGGUUUAUGUCACAAAUGGGGAGCUGUUUGCCAGGCUGGAUGAGGAUGAGGAAGGUAGCAGGAUCAGAGAGCAUGAGCUGCUGUACCGUAUCAACGCCCAGAUGAAAGCCUUCAGGAAGGAGCUGCAGAGCUUCAUAGACCGGCUGGAUGUUCCUAAGCAGGAGGAUAAACAGGCAGAAGAGCCACUGUCUUUCUGUUAUGUUGAACACGUCACAUAAGGUCACUCAAGGUACAGGGCAUUUUCAUUUCCCAUGUAUGAUGCAAGCCACCCAGCUACUCAGAUGCUUUCAACAUUUAUUGGAGACCAAACGCCUUGGAAUGACA